AUGCCAGCAGUGCGAAAGCCCCCCCUGUUGCUUUGCACUCUCCUUUGGAUAUCUUGCUGGAUGGAACUCACAGCCGCUUUAUCGAAAUCAGACUUCCAACAAAGACGGCAAGGCAGAAGGCGGCGACUGCCCGAAAAAGUGUUGAUUGGGUAUGCAACAGAUUGCAAUGAAAAGGUGGCAAAAUCCAUCGCUGCUGGAGUGAAUGUCGUGGUUUGGUCGUUUAUGGAGAUUAGCAAGGAGAUAUCUACCGGUGAAAUCAUCAUCACCGAAAAUUCAUUGAACUUUGAUAAUAUCCGCCAGCUGAUUUCGAAGUUGGAUACAGAAGGGUACCAGGAUACGCUUCACUUGGUGUCAUUUGGAGGAUGGAAUGGGCCCCAUCUGGAUACAUCGCUAACCGCUAAACAAUGGUAUGAGAUUUGGAAAAAUCACGUUGGUGAUAUCUUUGAUGGAAUUGAUUGGGACUUGGAGGGGCAUGAUAAUUUGGACAGUCCAACCAAUACAUUUUCUGUUGAAUGUCUAAAUCUAAUGGGCGAUAUCAGUCGUUUGGCUAACGAAGAUGGAUACAUCAUCGGGAUGGCCCCGCCUCAAUCGUAUUUCGAUCUUGGCCGGUCCAGUUUCUCGCGAUCUGUCAAUCUUGCAGAACCAGAUCGACGGUGGCAUAACGAGUUUCACUAUUUCGGAAGCAAUGUCUAUGCCUAUCUCUUUUCCAGAUUUGGAGCCUAUAUUAACUUUGUGUCGGUGCAACUCUACGAAUCCUAUUCACGAGCUGCCAUGAGUGUACAUUAUGGCAAAGUGCUUCCUGGGGAUUAUUUAAAAACUUUUGUUAAUGGUUACAAUGAAAAUAAGGGGCAAUGGUACGUAGACUUUGAGCAGGACAAAACCCUCCAAUACUCGAGUCGCACUGUGGAACUUCCCUUGUCCAAGCUCGUGAUCGGCCUGGCGAAUGGGUGGGCCAUUAAUGAAGGCGAAAAGGUCAUAUUUUUCACGUCGGAACAGAUUCAAUCAGCAUACCGUCAAUUGCUUGAAUAUGGGGUGACACCUCGCGGAUUCAUGUUUUGGGUUAUUGGCGAAGAAGGAAACAAUGGAAUCGAAUAUGCUAAGGAGCUUUCAUCCAUCUUGAAACCUCGUGCGUCACGUCCUUCUUCAGCGAGUGACUUGUAA